UCACCAUGGGGAAGUGGAGGUUGUUCCGUGUCUCUCUGGUUCUGGGUUCAGUCUUUAUGAUCCUGUUGAUUAUUCUCUACUGGGACGACGUUGGAGCCUCUCACCUCUACCUGCCCCCCCUCUCCCCCCGGCCUGCCCCUGACCACCCCCCCACACACCCAACACCCUCCUUCCUGUCCGACAUCAACGCCUUCGUAAACCAGUUCCUGGAGGGAACCAAUGAUCCGACAGAUUCCGCCCCCCCAGACUCUGCCAACCAAUCAGAGCGCGCUGAGGAGCGGUACGUUCCCCGGAGGGAGUGGAAGGUCCAUCUGACGCCGAUCGACCCCGAGAAACGACUAGGACAGGAGAGACGGCGGCAGCGUCUCCAUGACCUCUGUCACCAUGGUGAUGACCUGGCUUUUCCGGGGAAGAACCGUUCGUUUGACGACAUCCCCAACAGGGAGCUGGAUCACCUGAUCGUCGACGACCGCCACGGUAUCAUAUACUGCUACGUCCCCAAGGUGGCGUGUAGUAACUGGAAGAGGAUCAUGAUCGUGCUCAGUGAGAGUCUGCUCCAGGAGGGAGUUCCGUACAGGGAUCCUCUGGCAGUUCCUCAGGAGAUGGUCCACAACAGCAGCCUCCACUUCACCUUCAACAAGUUCUGGAAACGCUACGGGAAGUUCUCCCGACACCUGAUGAAGGUCAGUGAAGCUCAGAAGUACACCAAGUUCUGUUUGUCAGAGAUCCGUUCGGACACUUACACCGCUCUCAUCUCGGCGUAUCGGAACAAGUUUGAGCCCAACGAGGAGUUCUACCGCCGAUUCGCUCUGCUCAUGCUCCGUCGCUACGGUAACCACUCUGAACCUCCGGCGCGGCGGGCGACGCCGUUUCCUGCCGGAAUCCGCCCCUCCUUCUCAGAGUUCGUCCAAUACCUACUGGACCCCCAGACAGAGAGCGACGCCCCCUUACAACGAGACUGGAGACAGGUCUACCGGCUAUGCCACCCCCUGUCAAAUACAGAUGACUUUGUGGGUCAGCUGGAGACGGUUCAGGAGGAUGCUGAACAGCUGCUGAGGGUUUUGAAGGUGGACAACGUGGUUGACUUCCCCUCCUCU